GUCUUGUUGGGGUUAUUUAAAAUCUUUGCAGAAUCCAUUUCCCACGUGUAUACGGUAGUUGUAGACGCAUAAAAUUACUUCCUAACCUCGAGAUACCUGUCCCACCGGACACUUGUCAAAAUCCCAAAGGUCCAAAUUUGCGAUUCUUUCUAGAUUGGGUGUAUAAGACCAAUCCGAAUCUUAAAAGAAGACGUAUUUUUCGAAGAAGAGGUAAAUAAAACCCCCCCUCUUCCUCCCAACCAAAACUAGAGAGACAAACAACAAGGAACCUUCUUCCUCUGCUUCAGUUUCUCUAUUAUCACACUCCAACGACUCAGGAGGUGAAGAAGAAUAAGGUAAGUGCUGAAAAUGGUGGUGCAAGAACAGAAGAAACUUUCACAGUCAUGGUGGUUUCAUGGUCAUAACAACAACCAAAAGACUUCUCCGUGGCUUCAAUCAACUCUUUCUGAACUGGAUGAGAAGACAACGGCAAUGCUGAAAUUGAUUGAAGAAGAUGCAGAUUCGUUUGCCCAACGAGCAGAAAUGUACUACAAAAAGAGACCUGAGUUGAUUAACAUGGUUGAAGAUUUCUACAGGACACACCGCUCCUUAGCUGAGCGAUUCGAUCUACUUAAGUCAGAACCCAAAAGCCGCUUGAUUACCUCCUUAAGUGCACCUAUCCCGUUUAAAUACCAACCAAACAAGUCGCCACAAAACCAGGAGAAAUGCUACGACAGCUAUUCUGAAGAUGCAUUCGAGUCUGAUAUGUCUGCAGAGUCUGAAGUCGACGACCCAGAACAGGAGGAGAUUGCCUUGGUCCAUAAACGAAGCGAAGAUCUUGAAGAAGAUUUUGGGGAAUCUGAAGUUGACGAGAUUGAAGUCAACCAAGUUCACAAAGGUGAAGGAGUGCAAAUUUUAAGUGUUGGUAUUAGCGAAGAAGUUAAGAAACUGAAGGAAGAGAUAGAGAAACUUAAAGAAGAGAAUAAGAUCCAACAGGAGCAACUGAAAGAGAAAGAUGAAGAAAAGAGAGAAGUCAUAAGACAACUUAGUUUGUCCAUGGAGAUUCUGCGAGACGAUUUGAAUCGAACUAAGAGUAAGGUUACAGAAUCAUCACUCAAGAAAAAGAAUCCAUUUGAAUUCAAUACAUUCAAGGAACUGUUUUCAGGAAAGUUAUUCAAUGGGCUUUCAAAAUCUAAAGUCACAACCAUUGUAGCUCUCUAAGAACAUGAUUUUGGCGACAGGAAAGAGCGAAACUGUAAUUUUAAUAACAUAGGUUAUAUGGAGAUCUCAUCAUGGCAGGAUAAUGUAACAAUUAGAAAAAUCUUACUAGGAGUUUCAUGGUUGUGUUUAAACUAGGUCUAGGGUUUAACUCAUUUCUUUCAGGUAUUCUUUAUCAACUGGUUUAUAUUAUGUAAUAGUAAAAUAUAUGUAUGUAGAUUCUGUUCUUGCUCCUUCUAAUCUUU